AUGGAACGUACCUUACCUCCUGAAAUUUGCGACUUUGUUGUCGAUGAAGUCCACACUGCUUCGACAGUCUAUAAUACUUCAAAAACCCUCAAGGCGUGUGCCCUAGUCUGUCGCCAAUGGCGGGACAGGGCGCAAUUCCAUCUCUUCUCAACCAUCGACCUCCUUAUUGGCGAUGUCCUUGGACCCGGCAAACGGAAAACAAAGCCUGCCGACAACCUACGGGAGGUGCUCUCCGCGCGACCGGAUUUGGCUUCUCGCGUCACGUCCCUCAAACUCAACCAUAUCGUUUUCUCCAACAACGAUGCGGUAUGGAAGAAGGAAGACCUCCAGGACUGGCCUUCCCAAUUCCCAAAACUUCGGGAAAUUUACUUCCUUUCACCCGACGGAAACAUGUCGCACCUCCCUCUCAAGCAGCUCGUUUCAGCUCUUCUCCACGCCCCCUCCACUCUCGAGCACCUCACCCUCGGUGGUGUGGAUAUCCCCGCUAACUCUGUCAGGAAGCUGUCCGGGAUCAAGAGGAAGCGGACCAGCCCAACUAUCCGCCAUCUCACCGCCUUUUACGACUUCCUUGCUUACAAUCGUGGCAACCCAGGUGUCAUUCGCCCAGAUAUCGGUAUCCUCCUUGACGCACUCGUUCAUUGCGGCCUCAUCUCCCGUCCAACUCUGCUCACCCUGGAUCUGCCCCACUACUGGGACAUCUCCGAACCAUGGGAUCGAACACUCCCCGACGACUCCCUCAACUUCGCGAACCUCGAGACGUUUGGGGUCAUGCUCUGCCACUCGCAAGACGACGACCCGGACUAUGACGACGGGACUCACAUACGCACGCGCGAGCUCAUGGACGCCCUCGCCUCGUGCUCCCGCCUCCGCGUCCUCCACAUCACCUACGGCGAGCCCGAGUUCCGUACCAACGACGACCGCCACCUCUUGCGCCACAAGUACCUCUCCGACGCGCUCAUCCGCAUCCUCGUCGACCACUUCUCCCAAACGCCCGUCCCCCACCCCGGCCUCGAGGAGCUCAAGUUCACGAUCACCUACUGGAUCAAGGACGUCGAGCGCGUGUGGACGCCCGCGAUCCCGGAGCUCGCGCGCGUCCUGUGCGACCGCGCACGGUACCCGGUCUUCCGGCGCGUCUCCGUCACCAAGGCCGUCACGGAGGACCCCUACGCCCGAGAGGAGCCCCCGGACGAAGACACCGUGUGCGAGAACUGCAAGCGCGUGUUCGCGGCGUUUGAGGCGCAGGGUGUGGAGCUGGAGGUCGAGAUGGAGGUCAUGCACACGGAUCCGUACUACGCGGUGCGUGCAGGCGAGCACCUCCAUUACGAUCCGGAGGAUGUGCUUGAGCCGUCGGACUCGGACUCGGACUCGGACUGA